AUGAGUCAAGCUGGAGCUAAUUGUAACAGAAAGAUCUUGUUUUUUGUAGCAGACAAUAUAGAGGUGGAAGUUCUUUCAAAUAUUUUUGCCAAAUGUAGUGAGGUGGAGAGAUUGCAACUAUGGGAUAACAUUUAUAGUUUGGCAAAUGGUAUGUCACUUCCUUGGAUGAUAGGGGGAGACUUCAAUGUGGUGUUGAAUGAGGAAGAGAAAAUUGGAGGGAUACCUGUUCUUGCUCAAGAUAUUGAAGAUUUUGCUUUUUGUUUCAACUCUUGUGAAUUGGAGAAAAUUCAGUUCAAGGGCAGCCCUUUCACUUGGUGGAAUGGGAGAGCAUCUAAUAACUGUAUCUUUAAAAGAUUAGAUAGAAUGCUGGUGAAUACAGAGUUACAAAGCUGGUUUAGUCAUAUGGAGGUGGAACACUUAGCAAGAACUGGAUCAGACCAUGCUCCACUCUUAUGCGCUUAUGGGGAAGACACUCAGAAUCAAUACAGACCUUUUAAAUUUCUCAAGUUUUGGGUGGAACAUGAAUCAUUCCUUCACACAGUUCAGCAGAAUUAG